GGAAUGGGGCACGACAUUGUACCUCGGAUAUGUCGGGCCCCAGAAAAUUCAUUAGGUACACAGGUUAUCUUCACGUGAAAGACUUUUAAUGAUCAGAUCCGAACUGUCGUCUUAACACAAGCGGAGUUUCCUUUUGAUCACGAGUUAAAUCAAACACAGCAACUCGCUUCUCGCAAGGUAUAUCGGGAUUGUUUCUUGGACUUGGCUGUCAUUCUUGCUUCGCCAUGGGACUGAACAAUCAAAAAAUGCAAUGCGAAUGCAAAUCAGCACAGAUUAAAAGUAAAAAACCUAUCGAAAAUGCUCACCCAUUGACUAUAUAUAUCAGGGAUCCGAAAGUAUGUAAGGGCCUGGCUUAUACAGGAAGAGAAAGAGAAGUUUUAAAAUUGAGAGGACUUCUACCUCCAGCUGUUAGAAGUUCAGAAUUACAAGUAAAAGCGGUUUUAGAAAACUUAAAAGGUUACGAGAAUGAUCUAUCUCGAUAUCUAUAUUUGAGGCAACUUCAGGAUGACAACGAAAGAUUAUUUUAUCGCGUCUUAUGUGAGCAUACCGAUUUGUUAAUGCCUAUAGUAUAUACCCCUACAGUUGGAUUGGCAUGCUUAAAAUACAGUGUUCUGUUUGAAAGACCAAGGGGAUUACUUGCAGAUCCUUUUUAUAUUGGUCUUAAACAGAAAAGGGUUAGGGGACCAGAAUAUGACGAUUUUAUAGAAGAGUUUAUGGAAGCUAUAGUCAAAAAAUUUGGUCGAUUCUGUUUAAUACAAUUCGAAGAUUUCGGUAACAGUAAUGCAUUCAGAUUACUAGAAAAAUACAAGUAUCAUUAUUGUACUUUUAACGAUGAUAUUCAAGGUACAGCUUCCGUCGCUGUUGCGGGUAUUAUUGCAAGUUUAAAAAUAACAGGAAAAAAAUUAUCACAGAACAUAUUUUUAUUUCAGGGUGCUGGUGAAGCAGCGCUGGGAACUGCCGAUCUACUAGUUAUGGCUAUGGAUCAAGAAGGUCUAUCGAAAGACGAGGCUACUAGUCGAAUUUGGAUGAUAGAUUCUAAGGGUCUCAUCGUUAAGAAUCGUCCAAGCGGUGGCAUAAAUGCACAUAAAGGGAAAUAUGCCAAAGAAUGUCAUCCAAUACAAAAUUUAGAAGAAAUAGUUAAAUUUGUUAAGCCAACCGUUUUAAUAGGCGUUUCAGCCCAAAAAGGUGUUUUCACACCGGCUGUAUUGAAAGCCAUGGCUUCCAUGUCAGAUCAUCCUGUAGUAUUUGCAUUGAGUAACCCGACCGAUAAAGCAGAGUGUACAGCAGAGGAAGCGUACACUUACACAGAAGGUAAAUGUGUUUUCGCUAGCGGUAGUCCCUUUCCUCCUUUCACCUACCAGGGUAAAACUUAUCAUCCUGGACAAGGAAACAACGCUUACAUAUUUCCUGGAAUGGCUCUUGCAGUUACAGGUUGCGGCGUACAUCACAUUAAUGACGAAUCCUUUCUGGUAGCAGCUAAGGCUCUGGCUAACCAGGUGACCAAAGAGCAUAUUUCAGAAGGUCGUGUAUAUCCUCCCCUCCAGUCUAUACGUGAUGUAUCGCUUAACAUCGCUGCAAAACUAGCUCAAUAUUUUUAUGUGGAGAGUAUGGCCACUUACAGACCGGAACCGGAAGAUAAAGUUAGUUUCUUAAAGGGCAAACAAUACGAUUACAAUUACGUAGGUUAUAGUAACCGCCACAUCAACCUGAAUGGCUUAUUUAGUCAGUAAUGUAGUAUAGAAAUAAUCUGAUUUUUGUUACCUUUUUUUCUAUGUUUAUAAAAUAAAUAAAUCAAAUAUUUUAA